GGAUAUACACAGAAAGGUGUUCACGCAAACGCGAUAUAUCUCUCUUUUCCAUCGGAUCUCGCAAACAAAAAUUUACUGUCAGUCACCCCCACUCGUCCUCAUCGCGUAUUAUGCGUCACCCUAUAUUACGCGUCUAGUUUUAUGCCAAACUAGAGCGCGCCGUGCUAAAGAUAGGUCGUUGCAAGCAGGAAUCGGUGUGCAUCCAUUACCGGCGCAGGGAACAAGGGCGACCUUGGCCUUACGAGCUUAUAUAAUGAGGAAGCGGCUGAUUCACGAGCUCAGUCGUUUCGACGCGAUAUUCAAGCCAAUCGCAAUCUACCAGACAGAACGCAUUUCCGAAUGCCAUUUUUCUUUUUUUCCUCUUCAUAUGCUCUAUAUCGAUUUAUACUCGAAACAUUAUUAGAAUGCUUCUCACGCUUUUUCCAAGAAGAGAACAAAUUGCAUCGCCAAUGCAUUAUUAAAGCGCCUAUCGCUCUUAUUUUCCACGUCAACGCAAAAGUUUUUAUUUUUCGCUCGAGGGCAAAAACCUAAUUGAAACGUUUUUCCACGCAGUUUUACAAGCCGGUUAAUUAUCCACUUCACAACGUUGGAAAUUUCCACGAGGUCGUUAAAGAAAAUGCGAACGACACCGCUCGAGAUGGUAGUCGCUCAGUCGGAAAAAUAAAAGUGCCAUUAAAGGAGCGCGCGCGCUGCAACUGAUCGACUGACCGGAGACCGCGGUGGGGAUUUCUCUGCCGCGCUGUGGAAAAUCAACGUCUCUUCUUGGCAGAAACGGAGGUAGCCCGUGGGUGGCAGCGGCGGCACGACAGAGAUCGCGAGGUUCUUCCGCUUUUUUGACAGAGCGUCAGUGCCGCGCGACGCGUCGCAGUGCCCAUCUAGUGAAGUCAAGCAUUGUUUACGACAUUGUUUACGCAGUGUUCACCCAUUUCGCGGUGACCCACUAGCAUCGACUAGACGACCACGAAGGAUGGUCAAUUCGAUAUUGCUUCUUUGGGCGUUGGUCGGUCUAAUUGGCCAAGUGCACGGCAAAUGCAGCUUAGCACCGAUUGCCGACAAUGAUCGGUCGAUCGCCUACGCGUGCAUCCAUGGUGACCUAAGCGAUCUCGACGAACUGUCCGGCGAGACUGAGUGGAUUGAAUUCUCAGUGUCGCGCUUCCACACGAUUCCCGACGACGCGUUUCACCGAUUCCCGAAUUUACGUCGCCUGUCUUUUUACAAUUGCUACGUAAAUUUGAUCGAACCCGCGGCGUUUCGCGGCUUGAAUCGACUCGAAUGGCUGAUUUUCCAUGGCACGAGGAUCCAUGCGGUGAGGUCCGCGUGGUUCCGCCACUUGCCGAAUAUCAGACGACUGAUUCUAGACAGAUGCGGCCUGGUGCACGUCGAACCUGACGUUUUUCGCAUGUUACCGCGACUGGAGACCCUGGACUUGCGCGACAAUGACCUCGAUUGUUUGUCGGUGGAGGAACUGUCAUAUCUGACCGCGCUCAAGACCGUGCGCAUUGAUGGCAAUCCGUGGUUGUGCGAGUGCCGCCUGAGAAUGGAGAGGUUCUUUCGCGAGAGAUCGAUCAUCCAAGAGAUUGAAUGUAGAUUUCGACCGAGGAUUUGCACCCUGCAUCGAAAUCCGCAGUGCAUGACACAGAUUGAAAUCCCGCUUCCACCUCCGACGAUAACCAUCGAAUCGAUAGAAAAUUUCGAGGAACGUUCCGGCCACCGCUUCCAGAUAAGCGCGCUGACGUCAUUGGACCGUCUGCCGGACAGGACUACGUGGAUUCAGAUCGUGGGUCUGGGAAUCGAUCGUUUGCCCGCGUACGCGUUCUUCCGUUUUGGCAACAGCCUGCGCAGUCUGGAUCUGCGCGAUUGCUCGAUCGGCGCGAUCGAGCCGGGCGCGUUCGCCGGUCUGCAUCAGCUGCAACGGCUCACGCUCGUCGGCAACCGGCUACCCGCGGUUGCCGCCCAUUGGUUCAGUGAUCUCGUUGCGCUCCGCCAAUUGGUGCUCGCGCGCAACGACAUCGAGCACAUUGAGCCUGGUGCUUUGCGCCCACUCGUCGGCAACUUGCGCCAUCUGGACAUGCGGUACAAUCGACUGCGUUGCCUGCCGUUGGACGAGCUGACACAUCUGAGGCACCUCGAACGACUCGACAUCAUCGGGAACCCGUGGUAUUGCGAGUGCCGCAGGAAUCUGGAGAAAUACCUGAUGGACCAUAACGUGGGAUUUGACAUCACUCAUGCUGAUCGUUGUUACGAAGAGAACGAAGUUAUUGAACCGACCGACGGAUGGCAGCACCCGCAAGUGACGAUGCACGGCCACGUGCAUUGGACCACUUUCGAGGAUACUCUGAGCCAAAGAAACAUCACUGUAAUAAGACCGAGCGCUCAAGUUCCCACAGAGAAACCGCAGGUUCAUAGAGGUACUUGCGUGCGAGACAAGACUCAAAUGUCGCGGCAGGUUUUCACCUGUAGCGGCAUCACUUCGCUCACCGAGCUGGAUGUCUUACCUCAUUCAGUUCACGCUAUUCGCAUCGUCCUUUCGAAUCUGAAGACGAUUCCAACGCGAGCAUUUGCUCGUUUCGACGGCUGGCUGUCCCAGCUAGAAUUACGUGAUUCCAAUAUCGAGACAAUCGAGCAUCGCGCCUUCAUCGAUCUGUAUAGUCUGGAACGCUUAUCACUGCACAGUAAUCAGUUGAAUUCGGUGACAUCCGAGGCAUUGGAGGGCCUGACAAAUCUUCGAUACCUGGACCUCUCGCGCAAUCACAUCUAUCGUAUUCCCAACGAGGUCUUCGACAUAUUGCCGCAGCUGCAUAUCCUUGAUGUAUCCGAGAAUUACAUGAACUGCCUCGGCGUGGAGCAUAUGGCACGCAAAAUGCCGCAUCUGUAUUCUCUCAAAGUAUCGGGCAAUCCAUGGAGUUGCUUGUGCGGCACCAAGCUGGCCAGUUUCCUGGACUCCCGCAAGAUACCGUAUAAUCGCGACUCCCUAUUCGAUGUGAAUGAUGACUGUUAUGUUACCAUAUUGCCGACGCCUUCCACAACGGCAGUAACUUCUUACACCCCAUCACAGGGGACUACUACGACUACCGAGCCACCCUCGAUAGGUUUCUACAACGAGACUUUGGAAGGUUCUUGCUUUAAAAUUCCCGAGUCUACGGAACCACGAUAUCGCUGCGUAGGUGGCAAUCUAAUAUUGCUGAAAAACAUACCACACAACGCUGUUUACAUCGAAUUCUACGAGGGUCAUUUGCCCGUCCUUCCGGUCAAUGCUCUCUACAAUUUUCGAAACUUGCAUGAGCUGAUUAUUAGGAAUUGCGGUCUGAGAACGAUUUCGCCUGGCGCUUUUCGGGGUCUGGACUUUUUGGAACGACUCACCAUUCAGGGUAACCCACUGACGUCGAUUGAGGCGAAUUGGUUCAAUAUAGAACGUCUCGAACGACUGGAUCUGCGCGGUAAUUCAAUCCGCUAUAUCGCACCGGGCGCUUUCCGCCAUCUGCGCAAGCUAGUUUAUCUAAAUCUCGAGGGCAACGAUCUGCAAUGCAUCUACACCAGUGAUUUUCAGGAUAUGCCAAAUCUACAUAUCGUUGAGUUUGCUGGCAACCCGUUGAAGUGGCGCUGUCGCAUGGAUCUAGAGCAAUUUCUCGAGACUCAGAAGAUUAAGUUCAUUAAAGUAGAGAAUUCGUGCGAGGGAAAGAAGAUCAUGAGAAAUCUUCUUUAUCAGAAUCGGACUGUCGAACUGGAAUGUCCACCGGGCUGUUCGAUGGCGAAUAAUAUCGAGUUGAAAAAGAGUUCAACGUUGGCAUUUGUAUUAUUCUUCGCGAUAUGGAUGUAUUAGUUGUUCGGCAUAAGAACAAAAGUAAGAUCAGAGUUAAGAUACUCAAAGACUUUGUUUUAUCAACGAGUGAAAUAGUUUUUGAGAUUCAAUCAUCAUUGGAAGAAUUAGGAAAAUUAUUAUACAUUCGGAUAUUAUUAAGCAAUAAUAUUAAAUAUAUCGGUACAAUUCACGAAACACGAACUAAUAGUGUAGUAACAUUACAUUAAAUUAAUACAUUAAUUACAUAAAAUUAAUAAAAAUAAUUUUCCACUUAUAAUAUAAAUGUAAUAUAAAUGUUAUAUAUAACAAAUAGUUACAUUAUAUUGAAUAAGAAAUUAUAAUGUAUUGAUGUAAUAUGUCACUGUUAAUUUGUGUUUCGCGAAAAUAGAUGCAAUAGUGAUUUUGAUAAUCAACGGAGUUCUGAAAGUAAAGUUGUCUUUGCAGUAAGCGAGGAUAAAUUUGGUAUUGUUAAUGUUGUCAUUCAAUGUGUUCAUACAGUGAAAGCGCUUAUAAACUAAUAAAUACGUAUAUUUAUUUUA